AUUCGAAAAUUUCUAAAUAUUUUGAAGUACACAGUACACACAGUUCACACACUCUCUCUCGUCGCGGACUGUGAAUGUACAGUACAGUGUGUACCGUUCCAAUGGCGGGAACACUUCAAACCCUAAUUCUUACUUCUCCAACCACCAAAACGCCGUCGCUUCGUCACCGGAGCCGGCAUUUCCCUUCGAAUCGCGCUCUGUUCCACAUCCCCUCCAUCACUUUCAAUCGCGACCGCUCAUUUCGCAGACCCAUCACAGCCUUGGACCGCUCCGAUCAGAGAGAUGGUAAUGGGGAUAAAGUUGAUCGGGUUUCGGGUUCAGCAAGUGGGUUAAGUUGGGCAAAACCGCUGUUGAAUUUCGCUUCGAAAAACUUUCUUCCAUUAGCUCUUGUCGGUGGAGUACUAUUAGGACUUGCAAAUCCGGGUCUUGGUUGUCUUGCAGAUAGAUAUUAUCUAUCAAAAUUUAGCACAUUUGGGAUAUUUAUUAUCUCAGGGUUGACGUUGCGAAGUGGAGACAUUGGUGCAGCCGCUGAAGCAUGGCCUGUCGGAGUUUUUGGGCUAGUCUCCAUUCUAAUGAUUACUCCUUACUUUUCAAGGGCAAUAUUGCAAAUGCAGUUGCACCCUCAAGAAUUUGUUACAGGAUUGGCUAUGUUUAGCUGUAUGCCAACUACAUUAUCAAGUGGAGUGGCACUUACUCAUCUUGCUGGAGGGAAUUCUGCUCUUGCCCUUGCAAUGACAGUAAUAUCUAAUAUGUUAGGCAUUUUGAUUAUCCCAUUUUCCAUAUCAAAAUUCAUUGCUGAUGGAGUUGGUGUAUCUGUUCCAACUGAGCAACUGUUUAGGAGCCUUGUUCUCACACUAUUAGUCCCCCUAAUCUUGGGAAAGGUCCUUCGAGAAUCCUUUAAAGGCUUGGGAGACUUUGUUGAUCAGAACCGUAAACUUUUUUCAAAGCUCAGUGCACUCUUCCUCAGUCUAGUACCAUGGAUACAAGUGAGCAGGUCGAGGUCACUGCUGUUAAGGGUUAAGCCUGCAGUUUUUCUUGUAGCUAUUGGAAUGGGGGCACUUCUGCAUAUCAUCUUGUUGGCAUUUAAUGCUCUUGCUAUAAAGAGCUUCUCAGCUGUCUCUGGUGGUGACAAAUCAAUAUUUUCUAAGAGAGAAAAUGCCAGUGCUCUUGUACUUGUUGCAAGCCAGAAAACUCUGCCUGUGAUGGUGGCAGUUGUGGAGCAGCUUGGUGGUGCAUUUGGACAAUCUGGUUUGCUGGUUCUUCCUUGUGUUGCGGCACAUAUAAAUCAGAUUAUUAUGGAUUCUUUUCUUGUUAACUACUGGCUUCCGAAAGAUCUCUCAUCCAGCAAUGCCAAGUGCAAGUAGAUGGCAUUUUGUUUAUUCUUCAAAAGGGAUAGAAAUAAGUCGAUUUGAUUGAGAUCCUGGAGAAAGUGUGCACCAAGGCUGGUGAUCGGUGGCCAGAAUGAACAGUGUUGGGACAAGAUGUUUUUGGGUCACUUUCUGUUGGGGUAUUACUCGCAACUGCACCAUGCGCAAUUAAUUUUUGUGUGUAUAUUUAAGGAAUUUCUUUAAAAUGUGAUGUGAAUAUUGAAAUAUUUAAUUGAAAUGAUGUUGAUGAUAAGGCAUAUGAUAAAAGUUUAACUCAGUAGAACUUCA